AUGCGCGUAUCGACCCGAAUCGACACCAUCUCUUCCCUCAUUCUCCGUCGCAAUAUUGCACCCGUCAUCGGUGGAGUCAUUGUUGAAAGAAGUACCUGGAGAUGGCUGUUCUACAUCAACAUCCCCUUCUGUGUAAUUUCUCUGGCUGCAGUGCCAUUUGCCAUAAGAUACUCGCGGCCCAAGACAACUACCAAGGACCAAUUACUCCCCAUCAAUUGGAUGGGCAUUCUUCUCAGUAUCGCCAGUACGACUUUGUUCUUGAUCGGUAUCAGCUGGGGUGGUACAGAAUACUCCUGGUCCUCUGCCACGACACUCUGCCCUCUGGUCCUCGGACUUGUAGGUGUUGUUUGUACUAUCGUCUACGAGAUGAAAUAUGCCUCAACACCAUUCCUUCAAAUCUCCAUCUUUCACAAUCGAUCGGCCAUCACGGCGUACAUCUGCACAGUACUCACGGGUCUUAGUAUUUACGCCACUCUAUACUAUCUUGUACUGUGGCUCGUCGCAGUCAAGAAAAUUUCAGAAAUCAUGGCGGGAGUGUGCACCCUUCCUCUCGGACUGACUGUAGUCCCAAUCAGUGGCAUCGCCGGCGGAAUCAUCACACGUAUAGGCACAUACCACGCCGCAGUGCAAGCCGUCUCGCCUACAAAAGACAUUGCAUACGCAUCCUCCAUGUUUGCAUUCAUGAGGAGUCUUGGUCUGUGUCUCGGUGUCUCUAUCGGCGGCACCAUCUUUCAAAAUCUAUUGUCGAGACGCUUGGAGUACUAUGGUCUGUCUACCGAACUCGCAAAUAAUGCUGAAGUGUAUGUUGCUCUCAUUCGUUCGUCACCAUUGUCGCCGGAAAAGAUUUUGCUGAAGGACGUCAUGAGUUGGGCGUUUCAAAGACUGUUCGCUGCUCUGAGUAGUAUCAGUGGGCUUGGGUUGGUUGUUAGUGUUUUGGUCGGUAAAUGUUCUUUGGAUAAGGACUUGGACUCGCAACAUAUCAUUGAGUAG